UCCCUGCCAAGAAAGGCCAAAGGGGAGGAGAUGCGGCGUCCCGUGCACGCCUUAAAAACGAGAUCCCUGGGGUCACCACUGGUCCACUGCGUCACUGCGCCGAAUCACUAGAAACCCCACCAAACGGAAUUUCACAUCCAGCGAGCAAUACCGCACCGCAGGUAAGAUCAAAGAGGAGGCGAUGGCUGGCGGCGGGCAGGCGGCGAUUUCGUUCAUGACGCGGAUGGCGAAGGUGGCGGCGGGGUUGGGCGUGGCGGCGUCCGCAGCCUCCACGUCCUUCUACACGGUGGACGGCGGAGAGCGCGCCGUCAUCUUCGAUCGCGUCCGCGGCGUGCUCCCGCGUACGAUGUCAGAGGGCACCCAUUUGCUGGUCCCCAUCCUUCAGAAGCCCUUCAUUUUCGACAUCCGCACUCGCCCUCACAGCUUCUCCUCCACCUCCGGCACCAAGGACCUCCAGAUGGUCAGCCUCACGCUCCGCGUCCUGUCGCGACCCGACGUCGAACACCUCCCGGACAUCUUCACCUCCCUCGGGCUCGAGUACGACGAGAAGGUCCUCCCAUCCAUCGGCAACGAGGUGCUCAAGGCCGUCGUCGCGCAGUUCAACGCCGACCAGCUCCUCACCGAGCGUCCCCACGUCUCCGCGCUCGUCCGCGAAUCGCUCACCAAGCGCGCCCGCGAGUUCAACAUCGUCCUCGACGACGUCGCCAUCACCCACCUAGCCUACGGGCAGGAGUUCGCGCAGGCCGUCGAGAAGAAGCAGGUCGCGCAACAGGAGGCCGAGCGCUCCAGAUUCCUCGUCGCGCGCGCUGAGCAGGAGAGGCGCGCCGCCAUCGUCCGCGCAGAGGGGGAGAGCGAGGCCGCGCGCCUUAUCUCCGAGGCCACGACCACUGCGGGCAACGGCCUGAUCGAGCUCAGGAGGAUCGAGGCGGCCAAGGAGAUCGCAAGCGUUCUGUCGCGCACGCCCAACGUCUCCUACAUCCCCGCCGGCGACAAUGGCCAGAUGCUGCUCGGGCUUAACGCCGCCCGGUGAAUGGAUCGUCUUUUUCCCGCAUAAUUAGCUUCAGAAUUUCAGGACGAGAUGAAACUGUUCUUGGUGGGGAGGAGGGAAAGUUGUUUCUGUAGAGCUUCUAGAAGUGUUGCUAAGAGUCUGUUUUUGAUUAAUGAAAUGGCUGGAAGUCUGUUUGUGCUCAAUAGAGUGUUUCUUCUGUGAAAUAAAACUGGUCUAUGAGAUGGUGUGGCGAGCUCUUUGCUUUGCUCUCUGCAAUUCAGUUGUAUCUCAUACAUGCUGUCUUCUCUGAAAUAAAACUUUUCGAGUGAA